AUGGCCUCGGAGCUGGCCCUGAGCGGGGCCGAGCUGCCCACCAGCCCGCUGGCCAUCGAGUACGUCAACGACUUCGACCUGAUGAAGUUCGAGGUGAAGAAGGAGCCGGCCGAGGCGGAGCGCUUCUGCCACCGGCUCCCGCCGCCCGGAUCGCUCUCCUCCACGCCGCUCAGCACCCCCUGCUCCUCCGUGCCCUCCUCGCCCAGCUUCUGCGCGCCCAGCCCCGGCGGACAGCCCGCGCCAGGCCUCGGAGCCCCGACGGCAGCAGGAGGAGGAGGGGGAGGAGGCGGCGGCAACGGCCUUGGGCCGGGCAAGGCGGCGGCGCAGCUGGAGGAUCUCUACUGGAUGUCGAGCUACCAGCACCACCUCAACCCCGAGGCGCUCAACCUGACCCCCGAGGACGCCGUCGAGGCGCUGAUCGGAGCCCCGCACCACCCGGCUGCCGCCCACCACCACGGCCACCACGGGCACCACGGCGGGCCGGGCGGCGGGGGAGCCCCCGGGGGCAGCUUCGACGGCUUCCGAGGGCAGCCCUUCCCGGGCGAGGAGCUGGCGCCGGGCUCCACCGGCCCGCACGCGCACCCGUCCCUGGCUCACCACCACCACCACCAUCACCACCACGGGCCGGGCGGGGCCGGCGGGCACCACCACCACCACCACGGCCACCACCACGGAGGCCACCACGGCCACCACCACCCCGGGCACCUGCACGCGCGGCUGGAGGAGCGCUUCUCCGACGAGCAGCUGGUCUCCAUGUCGGUGCGCGAGCUGAACCGGCAGCUGCGCGGCUUCAGCAAGGAGGAGGUGAUCCGGCUGAAGCAGAAGCGGCGCACGCUGAAGAACCGCGGCUACGCCCAGUCCUGCCGCUACAAGCGCGUCCAGCAGCGGCACAUCCUGGAGAACGAGAAGUGCCAGCUGCAGGGCCAGGUGGAGCAGCUGAAGCUGGAGGUGACGCGCCUGGCCAAGGAGAGAGACCUCUACAAGGAGAAGUACGAGAAGCUGGCCGGGCGCGCCUUCCCCGCCGCCCCCAACGGCGCCCGGGAGCCCCCGCCCCAAGCCCCGCCGCCCCCCGGCCCCGCCAAGCCCGCGGACUUCUACCUGUGA